AUAUACACAUAUAUGAACCAACACAACUCAUUGAAAUAAACAGACGGGACACCAUACAAAAGGGAAGGCCUAGCCUCAAGUCAUCAUCAACGCCAAUGCCGUCGAGUCCGUCCAGAAUGGACGAGGGAAAAUUCAAAGAGGCAAUCGAUGUGCAUCAGAAGGCCCUGGAUGACAUGGUGAACGUUAACUCCCUCUUCACGAUGGCCGUCUUCGUGGGGCUGACGUUUUCCGGGAACCUCAGCCUGGAGGGCCGCUCCCAUUGCAAGGUCCCAGAGGACAAAGCUCGGAGCCUCCUCGUAUACGAGGUUAUCUCCUUCGCCAGCUACCUCUUCUCCAGCCUCGUAGCCAAGGCCUUGAAGAUGCACCUGAACACAUACCUCUUCAGCGAUUUCGAGCUCAAUCAAAUCCACAGAUUUUGGAGGAAGAUCAUCCGGAUCUCGUUGCUCUGCCUCUCCGCCUGGUCCUCCAUCUUUGGCUGCAUCUUCCUCACUAUGUCCAUGGUGGACGUGGUUGAGAUCCGCCUUGGGAGGAUGUCGUGCGGUCACGACUCGAUGCGGGCUGCUGGUGGGCUCAUUGCGAUCGUCGCCCUCGCCCUUACAAUCUACAUUCCAGCUACAAUGCACUCCAUCUUCUUGACAGCAAAACGGUUCGAUCCCUGAAAUCAUGUCCAAUCUCUCUCGUCAUUUUCCCUCCCAAGAGGGGGAUCAGUUUUUUCAAGGAUUUCUCAUUGAUGGGAUCGAAUGUUUGUUUUAGAGAUCAAGAAUAAAUCAUGGACUAAGAUGUUAUGUCGGGCUUUAUUUGAUAUUUUUCUUCCUUGAUCGAUAAUGGGUGCAAAAUAGAGACUUGUGAUGAAUGAAGUGAAAAAUAAAUGGCCAUUUCUGUU